AUGAAUUUGGUUCAUAAUCCACCUCAUUCAGUAUCUACCUCAAAAACUAUCAAAAUGUCGGCUGUUGAAGAGAGACAAACAGAGAAACGAGCCCUCGACAAGGGAGACGAGAACGAUGAUGUCGUGCCAACCAAGGAGGCCAAAAUCGAAAACGGAAAAACCGAGGUUAGUAUAAAGAUCGGAGACAACCCUGGCAACGUGCCAAGUAGAUUGCUGUCGGAGGAACCAAAGGAGAAGGUCGUCAAAGAAGACGCGGAAGGAGAAGAGGAGGGAGACGACGAAGACGCUGACGAUGAGGAAGACGAAGUGAACGACGAGGAGUCUUCAGAAGGAGAAGGCGAGGGAUCUGACGGUGGAGACGGAGAAGAGGAAGAAGGAUCUGGAGAUGACGAGGACGGAGAUGAUGCUGAAGGAGGCGAAGAGAGCGACUAA